UGGUUUGUAACUUAGCAUGCCGCAAACUGUAGCGAUAGUGUCGUAAAACCUCAAAGUGUCGGUGUAUUUGAAAGAGUGAACUCUUAUUUUUUCUCGGUGGAAACUAAUCUUCAUGGAGCUCGCAGUUGAAAAUAUGCGGUUUUAUUUAUGGCCGUAUUUUCAUUUGAGUCGCUUUUGUUUUACGCCAAAAUGAAGCGUCCGUUCGAACACAGCAGCCGAAAAAUAAGUUGAGCUUUACCAAAACAACAUCGAAAAUGGCAACAUGCAACAGCGAAGUAAAUGCAGGAUCCUGUGCUGCGGUGGAGGUGAACCCAGACAUCCACAUCUGCGGCUUCUGCAAACAGCAAUACAAUAAUUAUGAGGUUUUUCUCGCCCAUAAGCAAAACGGAUGCUCCCUUCCCUCCUCUCACACCGCGGUCAGCUCUGUAUCAGCCUCUCUUACAGGUUCCAGCACAGAGUUUGUUCUUGAGGAUGCUUACCAGGUCUGUGUGGUGAGAGGCAUCAAGAAGUCAUUGACCAAAGCACAGAAAACUCCAUCCAAGAAACUAAAACCUGCCCUGACUUCCAAAAGACACUCCUGCUGUUUCUCAGGUUGCACUUUUAAGACGCAGUAUGGCCAAAAAGACAUGGAGCGACAUCUCAAGACUCACACCGGCGAGAAGCCGUUUGAAUGUGAGCUCUGCCACAAGCGCUUCAGCCGGCGUGACAAACUAAACAUGCACAGCCGCUCCCACACGGGCGAGAGGCCUCACAAGUGCAAGCACUGCUCCUACGCAGCGGCAGACAGCAGCAGUUUGAAGAAGCACCUUCGGAUCCACUACGACGAGCGGCCGUUCAAAUGCCAGAUCUGCCCUUAUGCCAGCCGCAACUCUAGCCAGCUCACUGUGCACCUCCGCUCUCACACCGGUGACGCACCUUUCCAGUGCCAGCAGUGCGACGCAAAGUUCAAAAUCAACUCCGACCUGAAAAGGCACCUCCGCAUUCACUCUGGGGAAAAGCCCUACAAAUGUGACUUCUGUGAGUACCGCUGUGCUAUGAAAGGAAACCUGAAGUCUCACACUCGCAUCAAGCACGGCACUGAGAACUUAUUUCAGUGUGAACACUGCGACUACAAGUCCGCCAGCAGGUCGGCUCUGCGGCAACACGCGAGGCAACACCUGCCUGCUCGGCCCUUUCAGUGCUCCAAAUGCACUUACUCAUGCUCCAGCAAGGGGGCGCUCAAAGUCCAUGAGCGGAUCCACUCAGAGGAGCGCCCCUUCAGGUGUGACUUGUGCAGUUUUGCCUCCAAGCGACUCAGCUGUCUGGUCACCCACAGAGAGCAGUGUCACUCGGAUAAAGCAGAGAGAGGAAGAGUCAGGAAUGCCGGCAGAGGUGGACGAAACUCUCCUAAACCCGUCAGCUCUCGGUAUCGGGCCAAACUGGAUGCAGCCCGGGCCUUCCACUGUGACUUGUGCGAUGCAUCGUUUGUGAGGGAGGACUCGCUGCGCAGCCACAAGAAGCAGCAUAGAGACGCCCAGAACACGGUGCAGCUCCAGCUUUCCAGCUCAGCAGACACGGUCAACCUUGUUCCCAUCACAAUGCCGCAAAGCAAUGCUCAGAUUGAAGUUCCCUUCCCAUCUAGUUCAAUGGUUUCAUACAAUAACGCACAGAUUAAAAUCAUCGUCCCACAGCCUUUGGGUCAGCAAAGCACCUUAAUCCCUGCUGGUGGGGAUGGAUCGAGCAAAACCAAACUGGUCUUACUGGAGCCAGACAACCAAGACGUCGUCGUCAAUCAAUCUAUGAUCCAACAAGUCAAUCUGCUGGCAGCUGUGCAACCUCUCGGGUCGCCUUGUAGUACCGUCAGGGCCGAACCCCAGACUGUCCUGCUGACAAAGCUGAGCUCAGACACUGACACCCCUCAGGACUCCAGCAGCACGCAGACUCUGAUCACCUACAGCUCUGAUCUGGAGGGCCUCAGCACCUUCAUUCCUGAUGGGGGCACAGAACUAAGAGUCGUGACAAAAAAGAGCUCACCACUGGUGACAGUAGCAACUCCACCGGACAUGGUUGGCUCCAAGCCUGCUGAGCCUUGUCAAGAAACUGGACUGGUGGUUCCAAACAUUGGCAUUGGUAGCCAGAACGUGGUCAUCCAGGGCGUCCCACUGAUAAUGUGCACUCAGCCACAGCAGGCCGCGGAGGAGCAGCUCUCUCCACACACACUCUACGCAGAUUCACACACACCUGGAAGCAUGCCACAAUGAGUGAAAUGAAAUGUACUUCACAUUUCCAAAGAGAAGUUCACAUAAACUCAUCAUAGGAAGCAAGUUCUAUAUCAUUCUGGAGCUUUUUAUUAUUUAUUUGAACCUUUCAUACAACAUGCGCUGCAAUACUUUUUAAAAACAAGCAUCAGGAGCACAAAUUUAAAUGUUAAUGCAUUAUGAAUUAUUCACAUCAUACACCUCCAGUAAGAUUGGGUUAAAUGUUGCUAAGCAAGUUUCCCCUUAACCAAAUGCUUUUAGUUAACACCAACAAGCCUUUUGAUUGAAUAUUUGACCACUCUUUCAGUUUGUUUAACUUUGUUUUGCUGUUAACCAUUGUCAAUAAAGUUUUAAUAGGUUCAAUGGGUGAGCCAAUUGGAAUUGGUCACCGAUUAUAUCUACUUAAACAUAGCCAGUCCUAGUCUUUAUGGUUGCUCUCGAAAACUGUGCAUGUUGCUGUUAUGUGGCAGGUUUUUUGAAGUGUAGAAUAGCCAGAUCCUCCAAAGAUGUUCCCAAUCCAAUCCCUCCAGGGUGACCUGGGUCUCCUUCCAUUGGAAAUUCCUAACCAGAUGCCCAAGCCACCUCAAUGGCUCGUCUCUACUCUCUGAGUCCCUCCUGGAUGAAGGAGUUUCUCUUCAGACCCUUGUAUUCACUCUCAUUCUUUUAGUCAUUACCUAAAGCCUGUGACCACAGAUGAGGGCAGGAACGUAGAUGGUAUAGUAAAUCGAGAGCUUCACUUUUCGGUUUAGCUCUCUCCACCCCAACAGACCCGUACAUGUUCACGUCACUCCAGAUACCACACUAAUUUUCCUGUCGAUCUCCCACUCCAAUGUUCCCUCUUUUGUGAACAAGAACCCAAGUUAAACGGCACUACUUUGGGUAGGACCUCGACCCCAACCUGGUGAAGCACUCUAUCCUUUUCCAGAUCGGGACCACAGUCAAAGUGCUGAUCGGCAUCCUGGCUGCUUCACAUUCUGCCUGAUGCCUCCAAAACACAUUCCUUCAACAUCUUGGCAUUGCCUAGAAAUGCUGUCCAGAAAGGUUGCAAAGGGAAACUUUGGAGUCCAACUGUCAUUGGAAAAGUGUCCAACUUACUGCCGGUAAUGCAGACCAAGAUCUGACACUGGUCAUAUUGUUUCUCCAUAUUCCCAAAGUACCACCCACAGGAAACCCUGAGGGACACAGUUGAACACUUUCUCCCACAAAAUUUAAUUCCUUUCAAAACUUUUUCCACAACCAAAUUGGUAUUUACUCCUUAAAAUUUAAACCUAAAACUACUAACUCUGUUUGAAGACAAAUCUAAAAUCUUAAUUGGAAAAUGGAGGGAAAAAAUGGUUCAAAUAAAAUUAUUACAACAACUUGACCAUGAUGAGUGUAAGUAAACUUGUCGUAGGAAUUGCAUAAUUAAGUGAAACUAUAAGCACUUUUAGUUGUCUGGAAGAAUUAAGGAAAACUGCAACAUAUCAAUACUGUUGACUUAAGCUGCUGUUGAUUUGCCUGAGACGUCUGACACAUCCAAGCUGAAAACAUGGAUGUAGCUGCAGUACAAAAACAACAAAUGUUACCAAGUAUUUUCAGUCUAGUUUCUGGUGCUAAUAUUGUAGUUUUGUCCUAUUUCAAGUGCUCUAACUUACAAGUUAGUUUUCCGCAAGGCAUAGGACCUUUUAGGUCAAUAACUCUUGAAUAUUGAUUAAAACUAUUAGUUCCACUGGCAGAUUUUUUCACUUAUCACAAGACAUUUUUUCCAUAUUAUAAGUGAGAAAUAUCUUACAAUGGAACAAGUAGUUUUGAACAAUUUAUUGACCUAAAACAAGCUCCGGUAUGUUUUGGAAAAGUUACAUGUGACUUAGAUUUGUCUUAUUUCAAGCGUUCUAAUAUAUUUGCACUAGAAACUAAAAAUACUGGUUAUGAUUUUGUGUUUUUGGAGUGUGUAACUAGCAAGUAAAGUGCUACAGUUGCUCUAGGCAGAUAAAUUACAGUUGAAAGUUGCGUUUAGAGGGAAAAUGAAUGACAUACACUGACAGAAGUGAUGACAAACUGCAGCAAUUGUUUGCACAUUGUUUUCCUGCUCACUGAUGAAUGCCAAUUUCAAUAAAUUUGUAUUCAUUUGAAUUUAUUUUGCUUUUAUUUGUUUGAGAUUUGUUUUAGCUGAGUAAUGUCCUGUAAAGUGCUGAGGAGCAACGACUGGAACCUGAAAUCAAAUAUGUCGGGCUCAUGCAUGUUUUAUUUUGUCCAUAAGGGGGCAGCAGAGUGUCAAAAGUAAAGAUUGAUAUAAUGUGUUGUUUACUUACAUACUCUGCAUGUGCAUUUUUGUUGAAAGAAUUCUUCCCAGUCCUCUGUCUGAAUCAACAGAUGUCAAUUGUAAAUAACAUUAGUUCAACCAUCAAGGUCUUUGAUUCUAAAAGCCAAGCUGCUCCAGCAAUAGAUUUUUCAAUAAAGUGCGUGUUUUGCUUGUUGCCAUC